AUUUGGAUUGGGAUGUGGCGCCGGUCGUUGCCCAUCGCGUCUAGCGCGCGUCGCCGCUGGCUCUCGACGCACAUGAGCCGCAACAAGGGCGUGGCAAAGCUCCCGGGCCUCGACAUGACGCUCGGCGGCUCGCUCAGCGAAGUCUCGGUGACGUACGAGCAGUGGGGCGACCAGACGCUGCCGGACGAACGCACGAUCGUGAUCUUCCCGUCCUUCUCGCACUCGUCGCAUGUGGCGUCCAACCUCGACGACCCGCGCCCGGGCUGGUGGGAAAACAUGGUCGGCCCCGGGAAGGCCAUCAACACGUCUGUCUUCCGCGUCAUCUGCGCCAGUGUCCUUGGCAGUCCGUACGGGUCGACGUCGCCGCUGUCCAUCAACCCGGCGACGGGUACGCACUACCGCGCGUCGUUUCCUCAGAUCACGCCUGCGGACAUGGCGACCGUGCACUGCAUGCUGCUCGAUCACCUUGGCGUGCAGAAACCCCACGCCGUUGUCGGUGGCAGCAUGGGCGGCAUGCAGGCCGUGCAAUUCGCCUCACUGUUUCCCGACCGCCUCGAGCGGCUCGUCGCGCUCUCGUGUACGUCGCAGACGACGCCGGGCACCGUCGCGUUUCGCCGCGUCCAGCGCCUCGCGAUCCUCUCGGACCCAGCGUACAACGAUGGCAACUAUGAGUUUGGCGUCGGGCUCGCCGGCAUGAAGGUCGCGCGGGAGCUCGGCAUGACUUGCUAUCGGUCGCGCGAAGAGUUUGACACGCGCUUCGACUGGCAGCCCAGCGGGCCGCGCCAUUUCAAGGAGCUCACGUUUGACGUUGAGUCGUACAUGGACUAUCAGGCCAACAAGUUUGCGCGCGUGUUCGAUCCGAACUGCUACCUCCUCCUCUCCAAGGCCAUGGAUUUGACCAACCUCGGGCACGGGUACCAGAACUUGGCCGAGGGCGUCGGCCGCAUUGAGGCGGAGACCCUUAUCAUUGGCGUCAAGCAAGACCUCCUCGUGCCACUCAACGAGCAAAAAACCAUCGUCGACAUCCUCGAGUCGUACGAGACGCCGGCGACGCUGUCUGUGAUCGACUCCAAGUAUGGCCACGACGCCAUGUUCCAUCCGCAGAUGCAAAGCGUCGUCUUCUCGCCCAUCAUCUCGGACUUUCUCGAGCGCGACCUCCACACGCUCGAGCACGAGCACCAGCGCUACAGCAGCUUGUAAGGCCGUCAUAGUAAAUUUCAUGGAGAUGGGAAAGAAGCAUCGCGUUAUUCA